AUGUUUGGAGAUAAAAGAGUGAAUGAAAAUGGUGAAAGUUUAUUAGAAGUAUGCCUGGAGAGAAAUCUGGUGGUGACUAAUACUUUGUUUAGUCACAAACUGAUUCAUAUGUAUACAUGGCAAAGGCAAACUGAGAGAAGUAUGAUUGAUUUUGUAAUUGUGGAUGAACGAUUGAGAGCGAAAGUGAAGGAUACAAGAGUCUAUCGUGGUACGAAUGUCGGAACUGAUCACUUUUUGGUGAUAUCGAGAAUAGGUGGCUUAUUCAAUAAAUGGCGACAUCGUCCACGUGUUCGUAUGUCAGAAAUAGAAAGAGUAAGAGUAGAGAGACUGACAGAAGAACAGGUUCGAAAUCAAUAUCAAGAAAGAUUGAAUGAAAGAUUUAGAGAGCUACUGAAGAAAGAUAACUAUGAGAUAGAAGAAUUUUGGAAGGAUUUUAAAUGCGGAAUCUUUGAUAUAGCUACUCAAGUUUGUGGUGUAAGUAAGAGGAAGGAUGUUAAGAUAAGAAUGAAUGUAUGGUGGGAUGGCGAAGUGAAAGAAAUGGUGGCUCUAAAGAAAAAGGCAUGGAUGGAUUUGUUAGCUACCAGAGCUAAUAAGAGAAUGCAAGGUAAUAUCGUCUGUAGGAAAUUAAAUACAGUGGUACCUCGAUAUAUGAGUGGCCUAAUAUACAAGUGUAUUGAGACACGAGCCGCCGAGCGAGCGAUAUUUUGCUUCGAGAUGAGAGCAAGGUUUGAGAUGCGAGGAAUCGCACGCUACACCGCUGCACACGACCCCCCCCCAACAUGCGGAGUGGAUGUUGGUGUCUAA